AUGCUGGGAACACUGGGUCUGCUUGCUCAAGAGACACAUGAAGAGGUUCAGUCUGCUGAAGCAGGAGAUUCUGUCUCUAUUGACGGGACCAUUCGAGUACAAGAUGACAUAAACUGGAAUCUGCUGAAACCUGGAGAAACUCCUAAAAUUCUCAUUUACUCAACGAGUGAACAUGCAUCUGGAGUCCCAGAUCGGUUCAGUGGAAGUGGAUCUGAACCUGAUUUCACUCUGAACAUAUGUGGAGUCCAGCCUGAGGAUGCAGGACAUUAUUACAUGCAGGAGGUUUUUGUACAGCUGUUGAUUGAGUUUGUGUCACUGUGGCGCACGUUCGGUGGAGGCACCCGACUCUCAGUUGGAACUGCGGCUCGUCCCGCUCUCACGGUGCUGCCUCCCUCCAGAGACGAGCUGCAGCAGGGUAAGGCUACAGUGCUGUGUGUGGCCAGUAAGGGAUUCCCCUCUGACUGGAAGCUGAGCUGGAAGGUGGACGACAGCAGCAGGAGCUCUGGUGUCAAUCUGAGUCCCGGUCAGCUGCAGAAGGAUGGACUGUACAGCUGGAGCAGCAGCCUGAGCCUCACUGAGAGUGAGUGGAGCAGAGCAACAACCGUCAGCUGUGACGCCACGCACCCGUCCCACAAUGCAGUGACCAAGAGCCUCGACACACAGCAGUGCAAUGAUGAGUGAAUACACACACUGACACACUGUCCUAAAUCAGACCAUGCUCAACCAUUAAUCUUUCGUGCUGUUGGUAUAUUGCUCAUAUAUUCUUAUCUGUUGUAACUCUACAACUACAAUGCUAUGAAUGUUUUGUUAAUCUUUUUAUUCUUGCUGCCAAAUAAAAGCAUUUUGUCUUAAA